GGCCAAGGCUGUUUAUCUUCUCUUUUUCCGAUUUCAUCGUCACGCUGCGUAACGGGGUGUUGGAAGUAAGCGUGAAAUUAAUCAAAAAUGACGGAGGAAAAGAAAACUUACACAUUAGAAGAAAUAGCUGAACAUAAUAAUAAAAAAUCAGUUUGGAUUUUAAUUCACAGCAAUGUGUAUGACGUUACAAAGUUUCUGGAAGAACAUCCUGGUGGCGAGGAAGUACUGUUAGAGCAGGCCGGAAAACAUGCAACAGAAGCAUUUGAAGAUAUUGGUCAUUCCACAGAUGCAAGGGAACUUAUGAAGCAGUAUAAAAUAGGAGAAUUAUGUGAAGAGGAUCGCCAAAAAAUAACCGAUAUUCAGGAAAAGAACCAUUGGCCUGUUUCUGGAACAGAUGAGAGUUCAUGGAAAAACUGGCUGAUUCCUAUUGUGGUUGCUAUAUUGGCCUCUAUUAUAUAUCGUUUAUACCUCAGUUAUCAUGUCUAAGAAUUAUUAAAUUAUUUUUUAAGUAUUCUUUAUAUUGAAACUGUAAAAAAAAAGAAAAAAAAAAAAAAAAGAUCUUGAAAUUAAUUAAAUGUUACAUAAAAAUUCAUCUUUAACUAUAAUGUUAAAAGUUUUAAAUUUGAUUUUUGUUUUUUUAAUAUUAUUUAGUAUAUCUUCCUUAUGCAAGUUAUUUUCUCUGCAAAUAAGACUUUUUUGGAACUAAUUUCUUUUCUUAUAAUACAAUAUUAUCUACAGUAUUUUAAUAUCUUGUUGCAAUUUUAGUCAUGUAAUUAUUUAAAGAAAAAUUAUUUAAAAAAUUAAACUGGUAAAUUUAUUAUUUAUAAAAAGAAAAUGGGAACAAUUUACAUAAGAGCACAAGCUAUCUUUAUAUUUUAUUAUAGAAAUGCAUUAAAUUAUUCCAUAAUAUAUUCUUGAUAUGCUGGCUAUAUGGCAGUUGUGAGUCUCAUUGCAACUAGUAUUUUAAUGUUAUACAAUUGCUGCUCUAAAAAUUAUUUUAAGCUUGUUGCAAAUUCUGUGUAUUUUGUAUUUCUAAGUUAAUUGCUGUAUUUUGAUAAAUAUUUUGUUAAUAAUUGUUAUUAAUUUUUAUUAAAUUGCAAAUUCAUAUUUUCUA